AUGAACGACGCGUACCACCUCCCACACUGGCACAGCGUGCUGUGGGCGGCCGGAAAGACGCCUGCGGCGGUGACCAUUCCGCUGUCGGUGCCCGAGGGUCGUGCCCUUGUGGCUGCGUACCGUGCGCGGGCGCUGUACGCGCGGGGCGCCGAGCCUCAUCUUGACGGCCUUGCCGACCGCAUCGAUGCUGCCCUGGCGUCGAUGGCAUCAGAGCUUGGCUCUUCGCCCGCAGCCUUUGUCCGCCUCACAACUCGCUCGCCAAAGGACGCUGUCCUGCGCUCGCCCGCCCUGCAGGCCUGGCUCAACGAGGCCUUUCGCGAGGCUGCUGUUGUCUGCACCGAUGCCGAUGCCGACGCCGACGCCCGGCAGAUCAAUGCCGACACCAUCGGAUGGUACGCGGCCAUGGUUGAUGCCAUGCGAAUCGAGUCGGCGGCAACAGCGCUUGAUCUACUUGUCGACUCGCAUAGAGUGUUCACCGAUGUGUCGCGGUGGCUGGCGGCCCGCGAUGCCGGUCAGACGGAUGGCGCCGGCGCUGGCAUGGGUGUGGUAGUCCGAAACUGGCUUCCUAUUGCGCCGGUCACCGAGUUUCGCGCUUUUGUCCGCCGCAACGUCCUUGUUGCUGUCUCGCAGUACAUCGACGUGGUGUGCUUUCCAGAGUUGGCCGUGCCCGGCGCUGCCGAUCUUGUCGGUCGGCGCGCCACGGCCGCAGUCAACGACCUGCUGCCUCUGCUCGAGACUCUGUCCUUCCCGGACGACUCGGUCGUCCUCGAUCUGGUCCUCCCUCUCGACGACGACGCUCAGGCCUUUGUCAUCGAGUGCAAUCCCUACACCGUCAAGACUGGGCCUGCACUCUUUGACUGGAAGCAAGACGCGCCGCUCCUCCUCGCCGACGAUCCUGCUGCUGUUGUAGCAGCCGCUGGCGGGCCCGAGGUCCGGCUCAUCACCUCACUUGCUCAGCGGCGGAUGAAGGGCUUUAUCAACCCGCGUGCGGACCAUCUCGCCGUCCAGGCCCGUGUGAGUGUGCGCGAUGCGCUGGCUUCGGCUCGGUCGCGUCUCAAUACUCUGGAGCUGCUCGCCAAGACUGCCGCGAGCCAAGCGCUUGCCGCACCGGCUCCGCCAGUCCCGCACCGCCCGCCUGUCGAAGACUAUGCUCCGCGGCGCGACGUCAUGCCGCACAUCGUCCCGGAGCCGCUGCCGCACUAUCGGCUCGGUGGCACCUGCAGGAUCAACGUCGCACGGGCGCUCGAUGCCGCCACCCGUCCGCUUCCAAGCUCGCGCUAUGUAGCCACUCGUCCGUGGCGGCCGCAGUACUCGAGCUCCUUCCGACAUCCGGACGAUCCGGUGCCGUCGUGGCGGCGCGAGGCGCAGACCAUGGUCACCUCACGGCGGCUGCUCUCGUCUUCGAUCCCGCUUGCCAGCCGGCCUCUCGGCGUGCCUUCAGACCCGCACCUCGGGUCAGACUCGUACCUCGGUCCGCGUCCGUCCGAGUACCUCUUCCGCCGCACCUUCCGCCGCUCGCCCUCGCCGACCUCGCCCGAGUCGAACAAGGCUGUGCUAGCCCAGGUCGCCGACCUCGCCUCGAGGGUUGAGGCGCUUCACGCCUCGCUCAAACCGCCGCCAUCGCCGCCAUCACCUGUCUCGUCCCGCCGUGAUGGUAGUGCUACCCUUGCGUCGUCGCUGCUCUCUGUAUCGCAGCUUCCGUCUUCGUAG